AGCAGCUCUGGGAGCAGCUACCCUGAUCGUCUGAGGUGCCUUGAUGCCCCCAUCCUGAGCGACAGCAGCUGCAGGUCCGCCUACCCUGGACAGAUCACCUCCAACAUGUUCUGUGCUGGAUUCCUCGAAGGAGGCAAGGACUCCUGCCAGGGAGACUCUGGUGGCCCUGUGGUGUGCAACGGUCAGCUGCAGGGUGUGGUGUCCUGGGGUUAUGGCUGCGCCCAGAGGAACAAGCCCGGAGUCUACACCAAGGUCUGCAACUACAACACCUGGAUCCGCAACACCAUGUCCUCCAACUAAAGUCUGCCUGCAAGGAACAUUGAGCAAACGCUUACAAUGGCAUCUGCUUUGAGAAAAUAAAUUAACAUCAACCUCACUCUCUCUGUUGUUCCUU